AUGGCACAAAUACGAUCUAUGGAAGCCCGCGUUGGGCGGAAAAACCAGCGCUACGGUUCCAAAGGCGAGCGCUUGGUCGCCGGCGUUGUCCCUAUUUCCGCCGACAAGACCAAAGUGCUGAUGAUCCAGUCCGCCGGACCAGGAGGCUGGGUGCUCCCCAAGGGAGGAUGGGAGCUGGAUGAAAAGACCGCCGAGCAGGCGGCAUGUCGCGAGGCCUGGGAAGAGGCCGGCGUGGUCUGUGUCGUGAGCCGAGAUCUGGGAGUCAUCCCGGACAUGAGGCCCUGCGGUCUUUUGACGGCGCAAGCGCCGAAGGCCUCAUAUCAGUUUUUCGAGGUGGCCGUGGAACGCGAAGAAGCCGAAUGGCCCGAGAUGUACAAGCGGAAACGUCAAUGGGUUCCUUAUGCGCAGGCCGCGACAGCGCUCGCAAAUCGACCGGAACUACUCGAAGCGUUGAAUCGCAGUUCUUUGAAGCGAUAG